AUGGAUACAAAUGAAUAUGAAACAUUUGAAUAUCUUCAACCAAAUAAUGUAGAAUCCAUUCCUAAGAGGUUAUUUGUAGUUCAAGAUCAUGGAACAUAUCUUUCUUUUGAUAAAAAUGUUGAUCUUAGCCAAGUUCAAAAUGUGGAGCUAUUGGAAGAAGUACAGCCAGUUUAUGAUGUCUCUCCAGAGCAGUUUUAUAUUGAUGUUGAAGGUUCACAAGAAAUUGUUGCAGUAUCAGAACAAUUUGUACUUAGUAAUGAACUUCAUAAUGAAGACAAUAUUUAUGAAAAUAAUCUUAUGCUCCAUGAAUCCAGUUCUUCAAAUAUACAAAUACAACAAACAGUUGAUCAAAUACCAGAGAAUGUGGUUGAACAGUUUAUAAAGAAAGAGCCUUCUAAUGCAGAAAUUAAUAUGGAAAUGGAUACCACACCCAGUAAUUUCACAGAGGUAAUGCUAUCUGAUGAACAAUAUAAGUUUUUAGAACAAAGAGGUUGGACUUUAAUUGAAAAUAAUGACAAUAUCUACUUCAUUGAUGGAUUGGGCCUACAUAACAUCACUAAUAAUGAUCAAUUAAUUCAAGAUUUAAAACAGAAGAUGAAAGAUAAUGAAUUAACAGAAAAAGACUCGAGUAAUGCCACAGAAACUAUAAUAUUUGAAGAACAUUUUGAAAAUAACGAAAUAGAACCAAGUAUUUCCUUUAUAGAAGAAAAGAAGGAACCGGAUAUUCCGAAGUUAAAUCCUAUAAAAAUCUUGCCUAAGCCCGAGAAGAAAGCGAAAGAGGUCGAUUUGAUGCCCUCGGAAAGAGAAUUCCUCGAAACAACAGUUAACGAGUUGUUAGAAAAGUACGAUAAUAGCGAUCCCAGAAUAAAUAGCAAUACAAUCAUAAUUAAAACGAAAUUUUCAUUAAAAGAUAUUCCUUCAGAAAUAGUUUUGGGAAAGACUGUAAAUGGUAAAAGACUCAUAGCAAGAGUGACGAAAAGGGAACGACGCGAGGCUUCUAAAGUGACAGAUAACGUUGAAAGGAAGAACCAUAAAACGCCUCAAACAAAUGCGUUCGAUCAAAGAAUCGAGAAGUUACUACAGCAAGCUAUCUGUGGUGAAAUGCCUCCCGUAACUGACAAGGAUGUGAUCGAUAACGCGGACCGCCUCAUAAUACAAUUAUUACGAGUACCCGCAUUUAAACCAGCUGUAAUUGAAAAACGGCUUAUAAUAACUAAGAUUUCGAUAACAGAGGACGAGGAACAAAAUCCAAAAGCGGAAAGUGGUCCAUUGUUAAUUACUGGACGAGUCGUUAACAAAGGAGACGAUCAGUGGAGUUUCCAAUACAUACCGGACAUGCUUCAAAGGUUAAAAGAAAAUGGCGCAUGUGAGGAAGGAUUUAAGGAUCUUGUAAAAAACAAAGGAAAUAGCGAUGUUGAUGUCAAUCUCCUGCAAAUACACAUACAGGAAGUAAUUGGUCCCGAUGGAUGUGCAAGGUGUUCCAUUACAUUGCAUCGCAGAGGUAAUUAUUAA